GAAGAGGCUGCGUGGAAGUUGUUCGCAUGUUGCUGGAGAUGAAGGCUGACAAGGACAAAACUGGCAGCUAUGGCGCAACCCCCAUGUUCAUGGCCUCCCGCGGUGGUCACACGGAUGUGGUGAGUGUGCUGUUGCAGGCCAAUGCUGAUAAGGAUAAGUCUACUCAUAAUGGCUCGACGCCCUUGCAUAUGGCCUCGCUUGGUGGCCACUUGGAAAUUGUUCAGCUUCUUCUGGAAACCAAUGCUGCGUACGACAAUGCAGACGCUAACGGCGCAACUCCGCUGCUGAAAGCCUCGCUUAGAGGCCAGUUGGCAAUUGUUAGGCUGCUGUUGGAGGCCAAUGCCGACAAGGACAAGGCCAGCAACGACGGUGCAACCGCCCUUUCCGCGGCCGUGCAAGGAGGGCAUCAUGAAAUGGUUCAGCUGCUACUGGAGGCUAGUCAUGUCAGAGCCCAGCACUCACUUCUGUCCUACCGCGCGCCAGAAGCGGCCUAA